AUGACAGGGGGCGACACCACCCAUUUUGUGAAGAACCCGAUUAGCGGCGCCUAUGGCCCUAUCGAGUGCGAUGAAAACAGUAAAUCUAGAGCCUCGUUGCAGAGGAAUACUGAUUGUGGCCCACCUUUUGCCCAGGGUUUACCGUUCAGCAUUUGCCUUCAUGAAGAAAAGUGUAGCCAGAGUGUCACGGGGACGGGAAACUACGGUAAUACUGACGAGUCAGACUAUAUGAGCACGCUGAUCCAGACAACCAUGGCGAAAGCAACGAGAGGAGGUGCGGGCAAUCCGAACCAAGCGGCUCUCGUCAACAUACUUUCCCUUCUUCAAAUAGUGAUUGACGAUCAAACAGGGAGCAACCGGGCAGAGAUGACACUAUCCAUUGACGCCCAAUGCUCGAAUGUCAGCCUAGUCGACUCCGGCUGUGAUGGCCUGCUGGGCACCAUCACGAGUGCGGUUUUGGGGGAGAUUCCUGGGGUAGGCGAGUUCGUUGCACCGGCAUUUGAUAUUACCUGCGAGGCACUCGGUAAUUAA